AUGACCGUUGGGGGCGACUCGCCGGGCACACCAACGAAGCCCCCAGAUCCCGUCGGAUCCCCUCCGGCGGCUCCUUCCUCAAGUCCGGUAACCUUCUGCCCAGCGCCCGCUGCAGUUCUGGCGACCCCCUCCAGUCCGACGACGUUCUGCUCGGCGCCCGCCGCAGCUCCGACGUUCCUUUCGGUGCAGGCCGAGCAACAGGUACGGGCAGUUUCAGUGUUUGUGACAGAUGGUGAACAGGAUCUGGAAGGUGGACGCCGCUCCUGCUCGGUGCCGGAUGCGGACUUCUACAUCAGCUCCGGCAUUUCUUCACCGCCUGCCUCGGAGGAUUCCGUCGUUAUUCAUUCUAAGGAGGAGGCGGCGAGAUUCAAACGCCGUUUGACUAUGGCCUUCCGUCCGUCGGAGGCGGCUCAGUCUGCGGCAACGGAUCCAUCUCUUGUGGAAUCUUCGACGCUCGCCGGCACCAACUCCUCACAAGACAAUCUUGCCAAGGCCUCGUUCGUUGGGGGGAUCGACGAGGAGGAGGCCAUACUCGCGGAGCUGGUGGAGACAGCAAUCCUCGCCGGCUUUGAAUCAACAUCGAACUGCUCGUCUGGCCAGGCGCGUCAGGGCAGGCUGUACAACUCGGGCGUGGCCACGAACAUGGCCGCCUUGACGGUGACGGCUGUGGUGGCCGCCAAGGACGAGGCGCGGCAGGAGGCGGCCCGCGACCUGCGGUCGCCGUUGUCGUCGCCGUGCAAGUGGUUCUUCUACGAUGAGGCGGACGUGCGGACCCGGUGCCUCGGCAUCCAAGGCUCCGACUCGUUGGCGUCGUCGCAGGCCAACCUCCUGUUCGAACCCACUGAGUUCGAGGGCACGGGGGGCGCUGGUGCACCGGGCAUAUCUACGAGGCGGCCAAGGGCAUCUACGAGCAGGCCCAUGGGCGCGACGUACAUCCUGCAGCCCGACAGCGGCUUGUCGCCGCGGCACCCGUUCCUCCCCGAGGGCGCGGCGUUGUUCCGGCUGGACUCGGAGGAUAAGCUGGGCAUUGCUGGAGGUUAUGUGCCGCACUACCAGCCUAGGUUUAAUGAAGUUCCUCCUCAUCCGCAUCAGCAGAUUGCUGCACAUGGGGUCGACGAGGUAAAUCAGAUAGUGCCUCCAUCUGAGGGAGCUGCAGUCAAGGCGAAGAAGCCGAGACCUCCACACUGUUUCAGAUGCAAGACCAAUGGGCAUCUAGCAGAUGUUUGCAAGGUAAAGCUGGAUUGUCACAUUUGCAAUAAGAAGAACAACCACUUGCCCAUUAGAUGCCCGCUUCUCAGAUUACCAAAGCCGACUACUAGCAUGUACGGUUAUGCUACGAAUGGUCUAUGCUUUUAUGGGAUGCCUGAUUUUGAUAUGAAGCAGGAUGAUCUUGAAUUAUCCCCAACUGCAUUGGUGACAGUAUCAGGGGGUUCUCCUGCGGCUGCUGUGGUUCAGGAGGAGCUGGCGAGGUUUUCCCGGGCAGAUUGGAAUUGGGAAGCUUUACCUCAUGAGGAGAACUCCUUUUUAGUUGCCUUCCCAUCAGAAGAUGAACUUCAAAGGAUGUCUGAGGUGGAGUUCAAACUGAAGAAUCAUGGCGUUAUUCUGCUAGUGUCAGCAUGCCAAACAAAUGGGGAUGUUGAACCUGCUUACCAGCUUGAUGAGGUAUGGGUUCAUGUAUCGGGAGUGCCGCAUGCAUGGAGGCACUACCUUGGUUUUUGGGCACUGAGAACAGCCAUUGGGAAGACCCUUGAGGUGGACAUGCUUACUUAUAGGAAAAAGGGGGUGAUUCGCAUUAGAGUUGGAAUCAUGGACAGGAAGUUGCUACCUGCAAAGCCUCAUACGGUUUUUGGCCUAUCUGGGUACGACAUUACCUUCACCCUAGAGAGCAAAAAAUUUAUUCCAGUGGUGCCUGUUCUGGGAGAGGACGAUGAUCCUAUGGACCACGAUGGCGAUGGCCCGGGCUAUUAUCCUGGGGAUGGGCAAGGUGACAGUCAUCUGGCAAAGAAACAAAAGCAAGUCAGGGAACCUGGACCUUCGACACCUCCUGGGUCGGCGGGGGGUCCAGCUCCGCAGCAGUUGGGAUCGGUUUUACCCGCCGCUCCAUUUCCAGAUAGAAGAAAACCAGCUUUUUUGGUGAGUGAUUCGGUUGCACAUUCUCCUAUGAUGGAGACACAUUCUAGCACAGUGCAUAAGCGCCAAGCUGUUGUUGAUGCACGGGAGUUGAAUCAGCCUGCUCUGGCAAUGACACAGAGCGAGCCGGUACCGGUGGAUGCUUCCUCGGUACCUGGGCUAGUUAAGGCGCCAGCUCAGAAACAAAAGGAAGUUGAGCUUGCUGGGCUAGUAGGAGCUAAGGAGGGGACAGGGGCGAACAAGCCUGUUGAUCUGGUGAAGGCGAUGGCUGCACCUGAGAUUUCAACAUUAGAUGUUCGCAAUGACGGUAAUGUUUCAAUUUUAAAUAAUUCUGAUGCUAGGUCUGAGAAUUUCUAUUCUGUGGACGGUUUUCGUCGCAGUCUUCGGGCUAAUAAUUCUCAGGUUAAUGGUGUCGAUGCAGCUGAUGAGAAUUUGUUGUCCAAGGCCAUGUUGAGAGCCGCGAAGCGGAACUUGGACGGUCCGCUAGGGAACAAGACGGUGGCAACUGAAUGCGGGAUGCCACAAUCGCCUUUCAUCCCACAACUACAAAUGAAUGGUAACCCCGACCCGUCUUCUUCCAUUUCUUUUGUAGGCAUGCCGUCUGAUUUAUGCGCGGAAAAUUUACAAAGGGUUGGGUUUAAACAAGGCGAGAGCUGCAUUAGUAGUGUAAAUGUUUCCAUUAAUGCGCUAAAACGAAUUGAAAUUGAUAGGAGGAAAUUACAGCUGACCCAAAAAGGUAAAACUAAUAUUGGGAUAGCCACACAGGAGGAAGACAGUGAUGAUGAUGUCGCUGAAUCCACAGGCAAUUUACUAUCACAAUUAAUUCAGGAAGUCUCCGAAGUGGACUUUGAUGAGGAAGACUUGGACACAAAGAUUUGUAAUCUUAAGGUCUGUCCUCAUAAAUCAAAGAGUAAGAAGGAUAAAAGGAAAAAAUUAAAAGUUUUAAAAUGA